GGUGCUGCUCUUCAGGUGUAAACUGGGAGUCCUCCAGUACACGGUGGUCCGACCCGUCACCACGGUCAUCGCUCUCAUCUGUCAGCUGUGUGGAGUUUACGAUGAGGCUAACUUCAGCUUCAGGAGCGCCUGGUCCUACCUGGUGAUAAUCAACAACAUCUCACAGCUGUUUGCCAUGUACUGCCUGGUUCUGCUCUACCGGGCCCUGAGGGACGAGCUGAAACCCAUCAGACCCGUGGGCAAGUUCCUCUGCGUCAAACUGGUGGUCUUCGUGUCGUUCUGGCAGGCGGUCCUGAUCGCUCUGCUGGUGAAGGUGGGAGUGAUUUCAGACAGACACACCUGGGACUGGGACAGUGUGCAGGCAGUGGCUACUGGACUGCAGGACUUCAUCAUCUGCAUAGAGAUGUUUCUGGCUGCUAUCGCUCAUCACUACACCUUCACCUACAAACCCUACGUCCAG